UGUGUGCAGCUUAUGCUGGAGUCGUGAUGUCCAUUUCAACUUCUUGGCCGCCAAUUUAUUUGAAAUUUGGCGCCGGAUCACCGUACCGAAAUUGAACCAGACUGCUCGAAAACGAGAAGGAUAAACAAGAAAGGUAAGACAAACAGAGAUGAACUCAAAAAAGUGUUCUCUCAGGCCAUUUGGGCAACGCUCUAUCGCUUCGACGUUCCUCUUCCGUGCCUCGAAUAGGUCAAGUGAUUGUGUGAAGAAUUUGGUAACUAAAGCUCCCAGUCAAAAGGGUUCUCAGGUUUCCUUGUCUGAUUUCCUUAACAGGAGUUUGCAUAGGAGUUCUGUGCUACCGUCAUCAGUGCAGGGGAAAGAGCUGCGCUUUUCUUCUGCGUUAAGUGGUCAAGAUUUCAAUACGGGUGCAGUGGGAGAAAGUGGUAAAAAGCAAAAAGGAGAAGCAGAGGUAAAGCUUUCAAUUGAUGGUGCUUUCAAUAUGUUCAAGAAUGUCGGAAAGGAGAAGAGCCAGUCUCACAAUUCUCAUGUAACCAAUGCGACUGAGAUUUUUUAUGAGGAUGACUUACAGCAAACGAGAAAGAGAAAAAAUCUGUUUGAAGGUCACUAUGAAAAGCCACCUGCUCGGAAGCGGUUGGUAGUUCUUGGAGAAGAUUCAAAACCAACACAAAGUACAAGAAGGAAGAACUUAGCCCAUGAAGAACCUAGACCUCUUUUCAAUCACUAUGAGAAUGGGGGCGGUUGGUGGGAUGACCAAAUGGAAGGUGUUGACAAUGAAGAAGUAGGAUGCAAUGAUGUUUGGGAAGGAGUUGGUUGUACCACACUUGGAGGUAUCGAAUGGCAUUAGAUUGGCCGGAAUUCCUCAGUUAUGCCUCUAAUGCACUCUGGUUUACCACAAGAAAAAUAUUCAUUCGCAUGUACAGGAUGGGGGUAUUUUGUAGCACUGGUAUACACUGAAUAGGUUUUGUGCAACGGUGUUUGAAUUUGAAAA